AUUUUGAUUUUAGUUUGGUGGGAAGAAGUAUCAAAGCAAAGUAUGUAUUACAAAAUUUGUUUAAGACAACGUUAUUCAUUCAACAUUAAUAUUGAUGAUUUAUUCGUUUGUUACAUUCAGUGACUUUCCUUGAGUUUUUAAUGCGUUUAAGUAAUACUUAGAUGAAAAGACAUAUAUAUAUUUUGAAGUUAAUAGUUGGCAAAUCUAUUUCCCAUUGUGGAAGCAAUUAAUGUACUGUAUUUGAUAAGAAUACCGUUAAAUAAAUUAGUACAUACUAAAUAUUCGUCAAACAAGCUUAGAGUUGUUGCUUGUAACGGGUAAACCAACUGUGAAGAAUGAAUUUUAAUGUAAAUCCCAACAUGAGACAGCGCAGAAGAAGUAACCUUGGUAAAAGGUUCAGGAAUGGGGAGAAACCUCCACAACUGAAUUUUGUAGCGCCUGUUAUCCCUAAAACAGUUUUAACAAGCUUGGGCCGUUCAAGAUCAGCUAAAAAGAAUUGCUUCAUGGACAAGGCUUCUAAAGAAUAUAUUACUGGCAUUAAAAAAAAACUCUUCCAAAGAAGUCCACAAACUGAAGUGAUUCUUAGCAAUGGCCUACAGGAACAAAACUUGGGCACAAGAUUGGCUUUUGACAGAAGUCCAACUGAUCCAUUUUCACACUCUCAUAACGAUUUCUCGGAACCUCCUGAGAACCACUCCAAGAAUCCUGAUGAAGACCCGAGCCUACUAGACAUGUCAGGUUUACUGAAUAUGACUGGAAUCAAGAUUAUCAAAACCCCCAGUCCUGUAAAGUCUGCUGGAUCAAAUGCUUCAAGUAUGAGAACUGUUAAUAACACUCAACAUAGCAGUAAAAGUGAAGUUAAACAAGUAAGCAGUUUAAAACGAACUGGUCAAAACCUUUUCUCUUUUAACCCUCGUGAUUACAUCAUGGCUUCUCCAAGGGUGUCAGCAGCAGAGAGGUAUUCCGUCUUUAGUAAAGUGGAACCGCCAAAGUCUCCUGGACCGUCCCAAUAUCAUCAAUUGAUCAUGAAGGAAUUGGCUGACAUCAAGCCCCCGGUGGAUAGGCAGGAGGAUCUUCAGCUGAGCGUUCUGUCUCUGGAAGACAAGGACGAUUUGUCUGCUUCACCACCAGCUGUGGGUCUGGCCACAUCAACUAGCAUCAAACAAUCAUCAGCAAAGAAUGACGAUGUAUCAACAACAGAGGCGGCGUUAUUCACUUGUACAACCAAUGAUGGAGUUUCCAACAGUGCCAAAAAAAUAGACAGAAGAGUAAUGAGCGCAAUUAAAGCAAAGUCAAACAAAAAGCUCGGUGUUAUCGUGGAAGAUGAUUCCACAGAUUCCUUUGAAAUGGCAGAAAAGACGGUUUUUGAUCAGUGUCAGACUUUAGAAUGUUCUACUGAUGCUAACAAGUUGUCAACUUUCAUUGCAAAUGGUAAUCACAGCAGCUCUUUUUCUUCAGACAGCAAAAAUGCAUCAGAAACUGAUGAAGAAUUGGAGAAAAUCCUUGAAGAAAUUGAACAAGGUUUAGAAGACAUGAACAGGAUGGAACGGCGGAUGAGGUCCCUUAAAACGAAGCUUCAGUGCUUUCUUAAAAAUCGACAUCAGUCUAAAAACGAUACUGUUGUUGAAAAUAAAGAAAACAUUUCUAUGAAUAUUACAAAGGACCAAAACAAUAAAUGGAUAGAUAAUUUGAAAACAGAAAAUCCUGGUCUUUUAAAAACUCCAAAACCAAAUAAGUCUAGACUUAGUUUUGCAGACCAGUCAUCUAUUUGGACUCCUCACUCUCUGUCCACAGUUCUACAUGAGCAAGUGGACGAUUUGUUUCACUAAAAGUUUCAGUCGGGUGGUUUGAAUCCAUCAUGUGUUUAUAAUAGUGACAAUUAAACGUAUGUCCACUGAUAGCGGAUAUGAAUCAUCCAUAAAAUGGUGGCAUUUAAUUUGAUAUGUAUAUAUCCAUUACUUUAACGUAUGGUAUUGUUGUUCUAAGUGUAUAAAUAUUAGUUAUGAUAAAUUCUGUUGUGUAGUCAAUUGUUUAGUUCAAAGGCAAAUAGUUAUUUUUCACAUAUGUAUAUGAAUUUAUUUUCUCUAUUUUUAUAAUGUUUCAGCAGUUUAACUUAUUAUCAAACAAAGAUUUUAUACUA